UUUUCAACACUUGAACGAACAAAUUACAUUGCGGGCGUGCGCGGCAGUAUAUAAAUUUUUGAGAUUCACUUUUAGUGACCAAAAUCUAGUACUUGUCAAAAAUGGGUAGAUUCUCUGAUAAAGUUGCAAUAAUUACAGGCUCAUCUUCCGGAAUUGGUCGCUCCACGGCAGUCCUCCUUGCUCAGGAGGGAGCUAAGGUUACGGUAACCGGAAGAAGCUCGGAAAAAAUCCAGGAAACUGUGAAUGAGAUUCAUAAAAACGGUGGCUCCAGUGACAACAUCAACAUUGUUCUCGGCGACUUGAAUGAGAGCGAAUGUCAAGAUGAGCUCAUCAAGAGCACUUUGAGCAGAUUUGGUAAAAUCGAUAUUUUGAUUAACAAUGCUGGAGCGGCGUUUGCUGACCCAUCUGGAAAAAUUGGCUCCGAGGCGGCGAUUGGCAUUUUUGAUGAUAUGAUGAAGUUGAACUUGAGAAGUGUUGUGGAGCUUGUCAAAAAGUGUCGUCCGCACUUAAUCGCUAGCAAAGGGGAAAUCGUUAAUGUUUCUUCAAUUGCUGCUGGUCCACAACCGUACAUCUACUACACUUACUACGGAAUCUGCAAGGCCGGCCUGGACCAGCUCACCAGGAGCUUAGCCUUGGAGCUGAUUCCCUUCGAUGUUCGUGUCAACUCCGUGAGCCCUGGACUCAUAUCAACCAACUUCCUGGGCGCUGUAGGUAUGGGAGAUGAUGUGGUGAAAAAGACGGAGGAGUACUACUCCACUCACCGAGAUUGUAUUCCGGCUGGCCGUACUGGAAAACCUGAAGAAAUCGCAUCACUUAUCGCGUUUUUGGCUGAUCGGAAAUCGAGUGCUUAUAUCAUUGGACAAUCCAUUGUGAUUGAUGGAGGGACCACUUUGGUUUUGGGAAUGCCAAGUCAUGAUUUGUCGAAAGCUUUGGCUUAAAUUUUUGUUCAUAUUUUCCUUUUUUUUUUGAUUUGGGAAUAAAUACAGACUACCUUAA